AUGAAAAUUCAAGUGAUUGCUUCUUCUUUUUCAAAAGAGAGAAAUUCUCUCGAUCCGAACAACAACAACAAACAAGAUUCCACCAUGGUGGAGAUGAGUAGCAUCAUGAUGAAAGAUUUGUUGAAAAUUCUGAUCAUUUUUGAAAAAAGUAGAUGCAACUUGUCAAAUUUACUUUUUGAAGGAUUGAAUGAGGCUGAUGAUGACUAUUACCGUUUUUUUAAGAACCAAACGAUUGAAAUUGGAAAUCAUACUCAAAGUAUUUAUGAUGUACUGAAAGAUCAUCUUUCUAAACAAUAUUCGAAUCUUGUAAAAAAGGUGACACAAUCGUUAAAGCAGAGUGACAUGAUCGAUGUUAGAAAUUCUCAAUUUGUGAGAAUGUUCAUUCAAUGUACAGAGCUUCCAAGUAUCAUUUUGUUUCUUUAUUCGAUCAUUCAGGGAAAAGAAAAAAUUAUUCCAUUAGAUAUCCUUGCCUUAUUGGAUCAAUGUGGCUUCCUUUGGGGACAAUCACAAUCUUACAUUGAUUACAGUUUGUUCAUUAUCAGACAAUUAAGAUUAUUACUGAAAUCGGAAUUUAUUUACAGACAAAUAUAUUCCAAAGACAAAGACAGAUCCAUAAUUCCUUGUGAACACUUUUUAGAACAUGGUAUUCAACAAAAGCUCUCCAAUUAUUUUGGAAUACAUCAUUGUGUGUGGGUGACAGGUAUCUACUCAAGCACUUCUCUUCCAUUAUCUAGUGGAGGAGUUAGCAUUUCCAUUGAAAAUUUUGGAGUUUUUAUCCAAUUACACAGUCUCUUAAAACACAAACCAAAGUAUUAUUCUCUAAAUAGAGAAGAACUCAUUUUGCAUGAACUGAUUCAUGCCUGUAGAGAAAAUCUUCACUCCACACGAUUUGAAGAAGAAUUUGCCUACUCACUCUCACCGAAUAUUCUUCGAAGAUUACUUGCUCCAAUCACCAGAGGAACUACAGAAUCUCUUUUAUUUUACCUCUUCUCCAUUCUGAGUGUCACUUCAGAUUUACCAAAAUUUCCAAGAUGGUUCUCUUUGUCCUCUAAACUUCCCUUUCUAUGGAUCAUUCUCUUUGGAAUGAUUCGAUUAAUGAAAACGAAACAAAUCCUCACUCAUGCUCGAACAUUGAUGACCAGAGUGCUGAUGCUGCUACAUCCAACACUCACUACACAUCAGUUGGACUCGAUCGUUUCAAGUUUAUUGUUUCGUCUCACCGAUGAAGAAAUUGAAUACUUGUCUCAAUGGUAUAAUGACCAGAACCGAAUGAAGAAGGAAAACAACAACAAGUUCCAUGAAAUGAUUCAACACUACAUUUCUGAUGAAAGUAACUUGUCUCGUUGCAUUCGAUGGAAAAUCAUUCAACACAGAUUCAUUUCCAAUCAUCCUUUUGACUUUAGGACAUCAAAGAUGUAA